UGUAUUUUUUAAAACAUCUGCAACUGCUUUUAUCACAUUAAAACAACAUUAAUGGUGUUGUUUAUUCAGGGGACUACUGAAUAAACAACAAACUUUAAUAAAGCAAAAAAUUCCGCUCGAGACCUUUAGAUGUUCUUUCCAUGGCCAACAGAUGUCCUCGUUGUUCUCUGGAUUUAUGUCAGGCUCGCGUGUAAUUUCCACACAGAUGUCUUUCACACAGGACUCUUCAUCGGCAGGAGAAGCACGACACACUGCGCUUAUGUCCUGACUCCUCACACUGGACACAACCAUGUAGAUAACAUUUGAUCUCAAAGCGCGUGAUUAACGCGACCCGGGCGAAUCUUCACACGCGCGAGGAGCGCAUCUUCACGCUGAUCUCGGAGCUCGUGGGAAGCGCAUCUUCACACAGUGAUCUCGGAGGAGCAGGGAUGGCCGGAGGACGCAGAGGUCUGGUGGCUCCUCAGAACACUUUUCUAGAAAAUAUAGUUCGCCGCUCCAACGUUUGGACAUUUUCUCAUAGACAGACAGACACCAAUUUUGUUUUGGGAAAUGCCCAAAUUGUGGAUUGGCCUAUUGUCUACAGCAAUGAUGGAUUCUGCAAGCUGUCUGGUUACCAUCGUGCUGAAGUCAUGCAGAAGAGCAGCACUUGCAGCUUCAUGUACGGAGAACUUACUGACAAAGAAACCUGUGAGAAAGUCCGCCAGACCUUUGAGAACUACGAGAUGAACUCCUUUGAAAUACUCAUGUACAAAAAGAACCGGAUGCCCGUGUGGUUCUUUGUCAAAAUUGCACCUAUUCGAAAUGAACAGGACAAAGUUGUGCUGUUCCUCUGCACCUUUAAUGAUAUCACAGCAUUCAAGCAGCCUAUUGAAGAUGACUCAUCUAAAGGUUGGGGCAAGUUUGCUCGCCUGACAAGAGCACUGACAAGCAGCCGUGGGGUUUUACAGCAGCUUGCUCCAGCUGUCCAAAAGGGCGAGAACGUCCACAAGCAUUCCCGUCUGGCUGAGGUAUUGCAGUUGGGCUCUGACAUCCUCCCCCAGUAUAAACAAGAGGCUCCCAAAACUCCUCCUCACAUCAUCCUUCAUUACUGCACCUUCAAAACCACCUGGGACUGGGUGAUCCUCAUCCUCACCUUCUACACGGCCAUCAUGGUGCCCUACAACGUGUCCUUCAAGACCAAGCAAAACAACGUCACCUGGCUGGUCGUGGAUAGCAUUGUGGAUGUGAUCUUUCUGGUGGACAUUGUGCUCAACUUCCACACCACCUUUGUGGGACCGGCCGGGGAAGUCAUAUCAGAUCCGAAACUCAUCCGGAUGAACUAUGUGAAAACCUGGUUCGUCAUAGACCUCCUCUCGUGUCUUCCUUAUGAUGUCAUCAAUGCUUUUGAGAAUGUUGAUGAGGGCAUUAGCAGCCUCUUCAGCUCUCUGAAGGUGGUCCGUUUGUUGCGAUUAGGCCGUGUGGCGCGUAAACUGGACCACUACAUUGAGUACGGGGCGGCUGUGCUGAUCUUGCUGGUCUGCGUCUUUGGUUUGGCUGCCCACUGGCUGGCUUGUAUUUGGUUCAGCAUCGGUGACUACGAGGUCAUAGAUGAGGAAGCAAACAUGGUCCGAAGAGAUAGCUGGCUGUAUCUCCUGGGAGAAGCCGUCGGGAGACCGUAUCGCUUCAAUGACAGUGGCACUGGAAAGUGGGAGGGUGGACCCAGUAAAGAUUCGGUGUACAUCACAUCACUGUACUUCACCAUGACCAGUCUGACCAGUAUCGGCUUCGGGAACAUCGCGCCCACCACUGAUGGAGAAAAGAUCUUCGCUGUUGCCAUGAUGAUGAUUGGCUCUCUCCUUUACGCUACCAUUUUUGGUAACGUAACCACCAUCUUCCAGCAAAUGUAUGCCAACACCAACCGCUACCAUGAGAUGUUAAAUAGUGUGAGAGAUUUCCUGAAGCUCUACCAGGUUCCUAAGGGUCUCAGUGAGAGGGUGAUGGACUACAUCGUCUCCACGUGGUCCAUGUCCAGGGGGAUUGACACAGAUAAGGUGUUGCAAAUUUGCCCAAAGGACAUGCGAGCAGAUAUCUGUGUCCACCUCAACAGGAAGGUGUUCAAAGAGCAUCCAGCUUUCCGAUUGGCCAGCGAUGGGUGUCUGCGAGCUCUUGCUAUGGAGUUUCAGACCAUUCACUGCGCUCCGGGUGACCUGAUCUAUCAUGCUGGAGAAAGUGUGGACAGCCUUUGUUUUGUGGUUUCUGGAUCUUUAGAGGUCAUUCAAGAUGAUGAAGUUGUUGCUAUUUUGGGAAAGGGUGAUGUAUUUGGUGACGUGUUCUGGAAGGAAGUGAAUUUAGCUCAGGCCUGUGCGAAUGUUCGAGCACUUACUUACUGUGAUCUUCACGUCAUCAAACGCGAUGCCUUGCAGAAGGUUCUGGAGUUCUACACCGGAUUCGCCGGUCACUUCUCUCGAAACCUGGUGCUUAACUACAACCUGAGGAAAAGGAUUGUGUUUCGCAAAAUAAGCGAUGUUAAACGCGAGGAAGAGGAAAUGCUGCGGAGAAAGGACGAAGCUCCUCUGAACCUUCCUCCAGAUCAUCCAGUGAGGCGUCUCUUCCAGAGAUUCCGGCAGCAGAAAGAAGCUCGGCUGGCCGCAGAACGAGCCAACCAGGGAGAACAGGACAUCGAGAGAGGUCCGAUCCAUAUAGAGCAGACCCAGGUGCACGACAUCACUGAUGUCAUCACAGGUACUGAAAAAGCAGCUACAUCUAUUGCCUCCUCAUCAUCCAGAACAUCAUGUCGAACCAAACUUCACACUCCUACGGCUCCUAAUGGAAACUGUAUCGGAAGUAAGUCAGCUGAAGCCCCCAAAAGUAAAGGCUGGGGUCGGUUUAAAGAUGCCACAGCCAAGUCAGAUCUCUCUUGGUGUCCUGUGCCUAAAGCAGAAUCCAUGGAGAUGCUUCCAGAUAGAACUAAGUCACAAGAUGAACUGUCCCUCAAGAAGAUUGACUCAUGCGACAGUGGCAUUACAAAGAGCGACCUGCGACUCGAUAGUAUGUUUGACGGUUACACCCAAACCCCUCAGGAUCGGAGUCCCGUGCAACCCGACGGACGGCGGAUCUUCUAUCCCAUUCCAGAGCACAGUCUUCAGGCCUGCUUCACAGAACUAAAGCAGGAGCUGCGAGGAGACAUCCACUCUCUCAGUAGCCGAAUGUCGGCACUUGAAAGCCAACUCGCAGACAUGCUCAGACUUCUUAAAGCAAGAAAUAGCUCUGACAAAUCAAGACCUGAGUCGCCAGACUUAGUAAAAGAUGAUGAUACAUUAUCCUAAUGCUGUUUGUUAACCCAUAACACUGUGUUAUCCCACAUUAACUCACAAGAAAUAAAUGACUGUAUGAACUGAUUC